AUGACUCAGUUGUUUCUAUGGGGAUUCAAUACCGUAAUAAGAGGGACUCAUUGUUCCUUGGCAAGGUGCAGUCUCCCCUCGGUAGGAUUGUCAGCGACAUUGAGGCCGAAAUAUGUUAGUGGUUGUUUUAAGAGAUUGAAUUCGACAAAAUCACCAAGAAUAGAUUUAAAUAAAAUGAGUACCGAGGAAAUUAGAGCAUUGCGUAAUGAGUGGAUUGCCAGGCAACGUAAAUACAAGGACCGCACCGCAGCCUUAUACUUUAGUAGUGUUGCUGUUAUAUUCCUUGGGUUGGCAUAUGCUGCUGUUCCAUUAUACAGGGCUAUUUGCGCACGUACAGGAUUUGGUGGUAUCCCAAUUACUGACAAACGUAAAUUUACGCAAGAUAAAUUGGUUCCAGUGAAUACAGAUAAAAGAAUACGGAUUUCAUUUACAAGUGAAGUUUCACAAAUUCUACCGUGGAAAUUUACACCCGAGCAACGUGAAGUUUAUGUUCACCCAGGGGAAACAGCCUUGGCAUUUUAUAAAGCCAAGAAUAGAAGUAGAGAUGAUAUCAUUGGUAUGGCCACCUAUAGUAUAACUCCAGGAGAAGCAGCACAGUACUUCAACAAGAUCCAAUGCUUUUGCUUUGAGGAACAGAAACUAAGUGCUGGAGAAGAGAUUGAUAUGCCAGUUUUCUUUUUUAUUGACCCAGACUUUGCCUCAGAUCCGCAAAUGAGAAAUAUUGAUGACAUUGUGCUGCAUUAUACCUUCUUCAAAGCCCAUUACAAUGAUGGUUCAGCAGUUACAAAGGGGGAAACCAUUGACAAGGAAAAAGCUGCAAUAAGUUCUCAACUAUUAUCACCGCAAGUAGUCAAUGUGCAGGAGGAAGCUGGAGAAUAA